CUUCAGUACACAGAGGAGAAGCUUGGCCAGGCAGAAAAGACUGAGUUAGAUGCGCAUCUGGAGAACCUGAUCGCUCGAGCAGACUGCACCAAAAACUGGACCGAAAAGAUCUUCAGACAGACCGAGGUGCUGCUUCAACCCAACCCAAUUGACCAAACUGGUGCCCGUAUUGAAGAGUUCUUCUAUGAGAAAUUAGACCGAAAGAUCCCAUCCAGAACCACCAAUGCAGAGCUGCUGGGACAGUAUAUGCAGGAUGCUGCAAAGGAAUUUGGACCAGGAACUCCAUAUGGCAGUACUUUGAUCACUGUUGGAGAGUUCCAGAAGAGGUUAGGUGGAGCAGAGCGGGAUUUCUUACAUACAUCAGCCAUCAAUUUCCUCACACCUCUGAGGAACUUUCUAGAGGGUGACUGGAAAACUAUUUCGAAAGAGAGAAGACUGCUUGAGAACCGGCGCCUUGACCUAGAUGUUUGCAAAGCUCGACUCAAGAAAGCAAAGUCAGCAGAGGCCAAGGCUGCUGUAAGGUUUAUUUACACUUAUUCAAUCAUCAUCACAUACCUCAUGUUUAUUUUUAUGGCCCUACCACCCACUUAUUAUCAUGAAGCACUUCAAUCGCUCCAGCGGCCUCGUUCCCCUCAACGGCUUUCGUAA